AUGGAUGAUAAUACAUCAACUCUAUUAUCUACGUUCUUGAAUAUAAAGAGUAAACAUACUCAUAAAUCAGGAUUACAUCAAUUAUAUAAAAAAUUUGAUGAAGUUAAAGCGCAAAAUGAUACGUACAAUAAUAUAUGCAUUGAAGAAAAGGAUGCUUUUAAAAAGACUAUCAUGUUCAAUAAGUCUAUUGUUGAUGUUUGCAAACAUCUAGGUUCCAUAAUGAGUGUUUUAUAUAAAAUUUGUGAUGGACAUUAUGGUAUCAAUAGUAAUAACUGUUAUGAUUAUUUGAUAUAUUGGUUAUAUGGAAAAUUAGAGGAAAAGGAAUAUAAUGUAUUCAAUGUUCAAUGGAUUUACAAUAAAUUUAAGCAAUUUAUAACCUAUGAAAAUUCUUCAAACGGAAAAAAAUAUAAAUUAGAUGAAAAACUUUUAACAGUACUAGACAUUAAAUUAUUAAAAAAUAUGAAAACUUUAAGGGAUUUUGUAGAGUAUUAUGAUGACAUAAAAGAUGCACUAAAUGACAAUUCAUCUAAUAUAAAUCAAUAUUGCACUUAUGUUAAGCAUAUUUUUGAGAUAUACAAAAAUAUGAUGGAAUACAACAAUUUAUCAUUGAAUAAGCCUUUUAAGGAUGAGUUAAAUUAUUUUCAUGAGAAAAUUAAUAAUGAUAACAUAAAUAUCAUUAAAAAUAUAUGUACUAAUAAUGUUGAAACAUCAAACUGGAAUGUGGAUAAUGUACAGUUUUACACAUUAAAAGAAGAAAGUAUCCCUGAAAUCGGGAAAGAAAAAAAAGAAAUAGGUGACAAGAAUUAUUCAGUAAAUGUAGGUUUAAAUUAUAAUCUGUUCUAUGAUUUAGUUGAUUAUCAAAAUGUGGAAAAGAUUGUUGAGGAGAAUAAAGAUCGUUAUAUUGUUUUUACUAAAGAAUGCAAUGGAAGUAAUAAGAUUACAAUUACUGAUGAUAAUAAGAAUUUAAUAGAAAUUUGUAAAACUUUUAUAAAAUAUUUUUUACAUUUGUAUCACGAUAGUAUUAGGAAAUCAUCUAACGAAUACAAACAUUUUGGAUAUUUAAAUUACUGGUUAAACAAAAAGUUAAGAAAUGUGGGAAAAUCGGUUAAGGAUUUUAUUGAGUUUCUUGAUAAACAGGUAACUUUAACAUAUUCUGAAUCUAUCAAUUAUUUGAAUUUUAAAAAAGAAGCAUAUCAUAUGAACGAUGAUGUAUAUACAAAAAUGAAUAUAUUGUAUAACUUGCAUGAUAAAUAUAAUAAAAUUAUUAAUAAUGAAAUUAAACCAAAUGAAUGCUUGGAAUACGCUAAAAACUCCUUGGAGGAAUUUAAUAAAGGUGUAAAUAAGUUUUAUCAAACUAAGUGCCUUAAAUUGUAUGAUGCAUUAAAGGAUUUUCGGGCUAAAUACAAUAAUGCUUUAAACAAAAAAUCAAAUUGUAAAGACCCAGGAUUACACCUAAUACCCCAAAUAAAAACACUAGAAGAAAAAGAAAAAGAAGAAUCAAUCAAUAAGGCUUUAGAAACUUGUAAAAACCUUCAGAUUCAAACCAUAGAUGUAGUUCCUAAAAGAAACAACAGAUUUGAAGAUAUUUUAGAAUCUUUUCCCUCGCACAAAAUAUAUCAAAAAUUGAACAGAAAAAAAAUAGAUGUAAAUAUAUGCACUAAAUAUUGUGAAAAUGUGAUUAAUUCUAAUUAUAAUGAUUCCAAUAUAAAUAUUCUAUGUGCAUUAAUUGCAUCUAAUUUAAAAGGAUUAUCCUCUAUGAACGAUUUAGAAGGAAAUUAUGAUAAACGUUGUGCAUAUUUUACUUACUGGACCUAUUACAUAAUAAUGAAUAAAUAUAAUUCUCCGUCUAAUUAUUUUAAUGAAAACAGUGUUAUUAAUAAUCUUAAUAGUGUAAUUGUUAAUUCUAAUAAUGAUCUUUCAAGAAAUGAUAAACAUUGUUUGUUCUAUUUAGAUGGAAAUAUUAAUGAAUGGAUUGAAGAAAAAGAUUUACAUGAUUACUUUGAAAAUUUCAAUAGUUUUAGUGCAAUUAAUACUGAAAGUCAUAAUAUCCUAGAGUACUGUAAAUAUCUUGAAUAUAUUAGUAGUUUGUACAAAACUUAUUUAAUACGCUGUUGUACAUGUUUUAAUUAUCCUACUUUUAAUUGUUUGAAUAAUUGCCCAAAAUAUUUUAAGUGUGAUAAAAAUUAUCACCCGCAUAAACUUUUAUCUUAUUUAAAGUGCGAACAUAUAACAUCAGCUGAAAAUGCAGAACAAAUGUUUAAAUAUGUAACAAUUGAUUCUAAUGUUCUAAAUGAAACACAAGAAUUAUCCUCUAGGAUUGUACAAGAGAUACCUCAAAAUAUAACUAUUGAUUAUGUUGAAAAAAUACAGUAUAUUCCAUUACAUAUACACAAAACAUUGCCAUAUGACACUUUUUAUUUUCUAGUAUUAAUGUCAUCUUCAUUUCUGGGAUUAUUUUUUGUAUUCUUCAUACUUUACAAAUUUACUCCAUUGGGAUCACGAUUACAUAAGAGAGCAAUAAAAAAGAAAAUAGUUGUCCAAAAUAUUCAAGGAAAGCCCAAUAAAAAAUUAGAUUACAAUUAUUCACAUAAUAAAGUACUAGAUAAGUCGAACAAACGAAUUCGAAUAGCUUAUAAUUCUUCAUGA